GGUAGGGAGAGAGAGAGUGAGAGUGAGAGAGAGGAACGAUCUCGGAGCGACAGACAGAGAGAAGAAAAGAUAGAGCGAGAGAGCGAGAGUGAGUGAAUGAGUAAGUGAGAAAUACAUUUAGGCUACUUCCAACUAAGCGUUUCACUAAACGGAUCAAAAAUGACUAGUCAAUUCGAAGAAGAUAUCCACGACCGGGGAGACAGUAAGAGUAAACCGCUCACUCUGCUCUCCUCCUACUGCAUCGACAGUAUUCUGGGCCGACGGAGCCCCUGUAAAGUCAGGCUGAUAGGGGCGCAAAGUUUGACAGCUCUACCCGGGAGACAGGAGGACGACAAGCAGAUCGAAGGCUCAACUAAAGACCACCUAUCAACAGACACAGACAUGCACCUUCCACCAAAGCUGCGCCGACUCUACGGACCAGGCGGGAAGUACCUGGACCACGGACGGGUUUUAGUUCACGACCUCGAUGAGAAAUUGGAUAGGGAAAGGCUUCUGGUGGACCAAUCCUGCGAGAGUCUCAAAAUCAACCAGGCUCCACAGGUGAGCAUUAGCCGGAGCAAGUCAUACCGGGAGAACGCGUCCCUAAGCCGGGGAGAGGGAGGUCAGAGCCCCGCUGGUGUGCCGGAGGAUGGACCCGGGCUGAGACUAGGGCUUAUGAAGUUCGAGGACGCGGGGAAAGAAGAGGAGAGCUGUGGGGAGGCGAUGGGUCUCUCCCCGAAGGACGAGGAGAGGGAGAGCAUCCACGCCGGGGAUGGAGACGUGAGGGACGGCGAGGACAGCGUGUGUCUGUCGGCAGGCAGUGACUCGGACGAAGGGAUGCUAAAACGCAAGCAAAGAAGAUACAGGACGACAUUCACCAGCUAUCAGCUGGAGGAGCUGGAGAAGGCUUUCCGGAAGACACACUACCCCGACGUCUUCACCAGAGAGGAGCUUGCGAUGCGGCUGGAUCUGACCGAGGCGCGCGUGCAAGUGUGGUUUCAGAAUCGUCGUGCCAAGUGGCGUAAGCGUGAGAAGUCAGGUGUCCAGACAUACCCCCCUGGCCACCCUUUCCCCGGGCCCCUGUCUGCCACGCACCCCCUCAGCCACUACCUGGAUGGGGGUCCCUUCUCCACGCACCACCACCCCGCCCUGGAGUCUGCCUGGACCGCCGCGUUUCCUGGUCUAGCUCCUCACCAUAGCAACCACUCGGCCCAGCACCAAGGGACUCCGCUGGGCCUUGGAACAUUCCUGGGUGCAGCUGCCAUGUUCCGUCACCCCACCUUCAUCGGGCCCACCUUCGGCAGGAUCUUCUCCAGUAUGGGCCCUCUGACCAGUGCAUCCACCGUUGCUGCACUCCUCAGCCAGCCUGCCCCGUCCAUCAAGACUCCCUCCAUCCCUCCCCCGGUCCUCUCUGACCCUUCCUCCUCCCCAUCGCCCUCCUCCUCGGCUGCAGCAGACCGCAGAGCAUCCAGUAUUGCAGCUCUAAGGCUGAAGGCUAAAGAGCACUCUGCCCAGAUCACCCAGAUCCACAUCCUGCCCAGCAGAGCUCCUGGGAAGGAGGUGUGCUGAACAGCUGUUAUCCCAACCUUUUCUCUCUCUCCUGGGCUUUUGUCCCUCACCUGUCCCCCUCUUACCUCUCAUACCUCUGGAGUGGUGUGGUGGGUGGAUCCAACCCUUAUCUCUAACCUCUGAUCUUCUAACUUCCCCACCCCUUCCCCAUAAUUCUUAGCCCCAAACAAAAAGCACAACCAAAUUCAAAGAGCACUGGCAAACCGGAGCGCUGUGUGUGUGUGUGUGUGUGUGUGUGUGUGUGUGUGUGUGUGUGUGUGUGUGUGUGUGUGUGUGUGUGUGUGUGUGUGUGUGCGUGCGUACGUUAAUGCGUGUGUGUGUGCAUUCAUGCGUGUGUUUGUGUGUGAGAGAGCAUCAUCAUCAUCAUCACCCCUCCAGGUCUCCUGAUUGAACGUAUUCCUUAGCUAUAGAUCCAUUUCACCAAGACUCCCCCUGACACACAAACACCAACGAACCUCCAUACUGCGUUAACCCCUUCUCUAGCUCAUGCUUCCUGUUUCACUAAGUCAACUCAGGGGGGUCAACUCCAUGACACCUGCUGCUUGGACAUGGACACACACACACACACACACACACCAACGAACCUCCAUACUGCGUUAACCCCUUCUCUAGCUCAUGCUUCCUGUUUCACUAAGUCUACUUUUUUGUGACAAAUUAAAAACUAUGAACUCAGGGGGGUCAACUCCAUGACACCUGCUGCUUGGACAUGGACACACACACACACACACGCACACACGCACACACAUGCUUUCUCGAGUCCAGAGAAAGAGCAAGAACCAGAACUAAAAACAGUUGAUUCAGUAGACCACGUGAACCCAGUGCCAAAGCAGAGUCUGAGGUCUCCAUCCAAGCCAAAGCAACCUGUCCACAGACAUUCCUGUCCUACUCUGCAACCCAACCUGAACCUACUGGCUCAAUCUAACCUGCAUCAAGUUUGUUCUUCUGUCUUCCUUUUCAGUUCCCAACAUCAUUAAGCAGCACACGAUUGAUCAUUUUGGAGUAAACAAAAUAUCAUUUUCAGGCUUUCAGCAAAUUGAGUUUUAAUUUAUGGACAAAUUACGUACAUUUUAGAUUCUAUCCAGUGUCUCUUAUGGCUGAACUGAGAAAGAAAAGUAAACUGGUGUAAAUAUAUUAAAAAAUGAGGGGGGAAAACUAACAAAAACAUAAUUUUCAAAACAUAGCCUUGCAUAUUUGAAAAGAGACCAUGCUUGAGAAGUUGCACUUGGUGUAAAGUUGUAUGGAUUUAGCCGUGGCCCUGAGAGGUCCCCCAUGGUUAUGAGCCAUCAGAGGUUUUUACAUGAUAAUUUAUGUCAAAACUGUUCCCCAACAGAUUGAGUGCAGGGUGUCAUGGAAAGAUGUUCCCAAUAGGGCAGGAGUUUUUUCUAUUGUUAAAGUGAUUGUACAUUUCCUGGUUUAAUAAUAGAUAGAAAACAAACAUAAUUUAAUAAAUGAGUGGUGAAAUUAAAUAUUGCUUAGAUUAUUAUUUCAAUCCAUUUUAGAACUGACAAAAGCCAGCAAUUUUAAACAUGUGAAAUAGAAUUAUAGAACUAUUAAUAAAAUUGUUAUGAAGAAACUGA